GCGGGGCGGGGAGAGAGGCUCCCGCUUGACGGUGGCGUGGCCUCGCGGCAGCGUCGCGAGAGCUGCUACAGCCCUUAGCAACCGCAUAGUACGACCGACAGCGCCGCGCUUGACGGCAGCGGCGGGAUGAGCUUUUACGACGUCUUCCGGGGGCUCUUCGGGUUCCGCAGGCCCCGGGACCCCUUCUUUGGGGGCAUCACGCGGGAUGAGGAUGAGGAUGACGAUGAUGACGCGAUGGGUGCAGAGUGGGGCCCCGCCGAGCAGUUUGGCUUUGGCUUCAGCGUCGGCCCCGGCGGGAUGCGUUUCCACGACGGCCUCAACUUUGACCAUCUCUUCCGUGAAUUCAAUGAACUCUUCCAUGACAUGGGGGCCUGGAUGCGGCCCUUCGAGCUCCCCAGCGUGGAGCCGCCCCCGCCUGCUGCUGGCGAGAAGCACAGGCAAUCGCUGCGGGACUCCAUGCUGAAGUACCCAGAUGGUCCCUGCCCCUGGACCCCUGUGGAGGACCCCGACUCAGGUGGAUGCUUGGGGGAUGGUGCUGGCCCAGCAGCCCCAGGCAGGAGGCCCUGGCAACCUUUUGCAGGGCUGAAGGAUACCCACCCGCUGCUGCCUGCUCUCAAGGAGGACAGAGAUCUGGACUCCCAGGUCUCCUCAGCUGGGUUGGAGACGAUCCUGAGGCCAAGUGAGCCGAAGUCCCACUCCUGUUUCCAGAGCGUCUCCAUCACCACAGUGACCAGGCCUGAUGGGACCGUGGAGGAGCGUCGAAUGGUGCAGGACAGCCAGGGCCACCGGGAGACAGUGACCCAGUGGCGCAGGGACCAGACUGUCACCACCAUGGAGCCUGGGCAGGGCAGGGACGAGGCAACCGGCAUGGACAACUGGCAGCCGGCAUGGUUCACAGGCAUCUGGCAGCAGCAGGGAGAGCCCCGCACCCCGGACCUGAGGGACUCCUCUCUCCUGGGCGGCUUCCUGCGCCGCUGGUUCUCAGGCCGGUAGCUCUGGGGUGUCUGAUCCCAGCAGGGAAUGCAGGGGCUGUGCUGGGUUGUCUCGCCGUCCUCGUACUGGUGUGCGUAGAGUAAUAAAGUCUAUUUAUGCUAACACUCA